AUGUAUUUGACUAAUCCUGAAGAUCUCAGCUCACCCCUAACUGGAGAUGGUUCACGUGGUCGAACAUACACUGUAUCUAUUGAAGAAAAGCAUUCAUCUCAACCAAAUUUAGCUACAAACGGACAUGAUUCAACAAAUGGUACACAAGUAACAAGAACUCUGAGAAAUAUAUUGACUGGUGAAAAUUGUGAUACUUAUAGUGUAUGCCAAGAGAUGCGUAGUGAAAAGUUGGAUGGAAGUAUGGGUCUUCAAGGAGGAUUACAAAGAAAACGUAAGACUAUUUUCUAA